AUUGUCAACGUCAAUCCAACCAAAACAAAAACACUGGAAGUGGUGAAAUGUUACCUUUAAUGAUAUCAUAUCUCUCUUUAAAUACUCGAAAAGGAAGGAAAAUUAACUUUUAUCAGAAAAUCCUGAUAAAUCUCUAAGCAUUAUUUCGUCACACUGAAGGAUAUUUGAUUUGUUACAGAUAUUUGAAUUAACAGAAUGCCGCCAAGCAAAAUCGUUUUAUUGGCGUGUGGAUCCUUCAAUCCACCUACAAACAUGCAUUUGAGGAUGUUCGAAAUCGCGAGGGAUCAUCUUCAUCGAAUGGGUACUCAUUCAGUUGUUGGAGGUCUAAUUUCUCCAGUUCACGAUGCCUAUGCCAAAAAUGAUUUAGAAUCCUCAACACAUAGAAAAGAAAUGGUGAGGCUAGCAUUGAGAAGUAGUGACUGGAUCAAAUUAUCUGACUGGGAGUGCAAUCAAGAAUCCUGGAGCAGGACUAGACAAGUUCUUAAUUAUCAUCAGAAUCAUGUGAAUGAACUUCUCCAAGCGUCUCUGAAUGAUAAUAACAGUAAUUUCGAUGAAGAAUACAAUUGGUUUCCUGACAAUGUUAGAAAUGGAUGUUUGGAAACUGUAGGUGUUAAAUUGCUUUGUGGAGCCGAUUUGCUAGAGUCUUUCGGUACUCCUGGCCUUUGGUCAGAUGAAGAUAUAGAAGCUAUAGUAGGAAAGUAUGGUUUAGUAGUUGUGACAAGAAGUAAAACUAAUCCAUUGGAAUUCAUUUACAAUUCAGAUGUACUGACUAAAUAUAUGUCUAACAUCUCAAUUGUUACUGAAUGGAUCGGUAAUGAAGUCAGCUCUACCAAAGUACGGAGAGCAAUUAGAAGAAAUGAGUCAGUUAAGUACUUAAUCCCUGACCCUGUCAUAGACUACAUACAGAAAAAAGGCCUUUAUGGAUUCAAACAUAAAUUUCAAUCGCAUGAGAAUUUCUCUAGCAUAGAUACGGUGGAUAAAUCAAAGAAAAAUCACACUACUGUUUCUCCAGCUAAUUACAAACAUCCUGGACAAGCUGUACAAGUAAGGACAGUACGAAGAACUGUUGACGAAGUGAUAUCGGAGAAGACUCCUGCAUGCCCUCUUUAAUUCAACUUCAUAAGUAAAUGCUCCCAGUAUAUGCAGCUUUAAAUGUGCGCUUACCAUAUACUAUUCUUAGUCUGCAAGAAUUUUUCCUGAUGGGAUCUUUCUGCCAAAGAUGUACUUAUAGUAUUUAUUUUUCUCAUAUUUUUCUACAGUUGAAAAGCAAACUGAAUGAAAUUGUAAGGUCUAAAGUUCUUCUGAAAUCACGUACACAUCACGCUAUUUAAUGUUUUUAGGGAUUAAAUUUAUAUUCUUUAUUUGUUAUGAAUCUUGAAAAUCAUAUUUAGGGUUUAUUUGAAAUGGAUAUAUGUAUUUAUGAUAAAAUUGUUGAGUUUUUUUGAGGUAUGUUUAUAUUUCAUUCCGAUUAGUUGUUGAAAAAUAUAUAAUUGGAUGACUAAAGAA